AUGCCUAUGCACCCAGUGACAGCGACUUUAAUGUACAGGGGUAUCUACACGAUCCCUGAUAUUCUCUCCAACCAAGACCCCAUAGACAUACCUGAGGAUGAACUGGAAGAGAUUCGGGAGGCUUUUAAAGUCUUUGACCGUGAUGGAAACGGGUUUAUCUCGAAGCAGGAACUGGGGAUGGCGAUGCGAUCUCUGGGCUACAUGCCGAAUGAAGUGGAACUAGAAGUGAUCAUCCAGCGGUUGGAUAUGGACGGUGACGGGCAGGUGGACUUUGAAGAGUUUGUGACUCUGCUAGGACCCAAGCUGUCAUCAGCUGCAAUUCCAGAAAAAUUCCACGGGACCGAGUUUGAUAAUGUUUUUUGGAAGUGUGAUAUGCAACGAAUGACAGUGGAAGAGCUGAAGAGACUUCUGUAUGAGGCAUUUUGUGAACAUUUGUCAAUGAAAGACAUAGAAAAUAUAAUCAUGACAGAAGAAGCAAGCCAUGUGGAGAACACAGAUGAAUGUCCAGUUGACAUUGACACAUGUUCCACGCAGCAAAUCAAACAGACGUGUGUGAGAAAGAGUCUCAUCUGUGCGUUUGCUAUUGCUUUCAUUAUCAGUGUAAUGCUCAUAGCAGCCAAUCAGGUGCUGAGAAGUGGGAUGAAAUGA